CAGCCAACUAAUUUAAUUGACCAUGAUACAAGGGGGCUGACAUGGUUCAUCUGCGACCUGCACACCUCAACUCCACACAUAGAAACACAACCUCCAGCGCAAAGAAUGCUUUGGAGCAGCUGGCAUCCAUUGAUCUCAUUGAACUAUGCAAGGAGGCUAGAAUCGAGCACUGCCGUGCAACUAGGGACUUGAGUAGUUGUGGCCGCUAUGUGCAGCAUGUGCUUAACUCAUGUGGGCAUGCAUCGUUAUGUGCUGAGUGCAGCCAAAGAUGUGAUGUCUGUCCUAUUUGCAGGAGCCCAAUACAAGGCACUGGGACUAGGGUUCGGCUGCGCCUUUACUACAAGUGCCUGGAGGCUGGCCUUAUCUCUAAGCAGCAUGAUGAAAGGUUUCAGGAAAAGGAAGACCAUGGUGAUCCUGUUAACUUGGACGUCCAGCGGUUGCAUUCCUUGUUUGACGUUGCCCUUCAAAACAAUUUGGCAUCCUUGAUAUGCCACUAUAUCACAGAUGUUUGUUUGGAUGAAAAUGCUGUGUCAAGUGAUCCACUUCUGGCUUUUCUUUUGGAUGAGGUAGUCAUCAAGGAAUGGUGCAAGGCUGCUGUUAAUGCACUGAUAUCUGAGAUUAGCAUGAUUUAUAGAUCUGGAUUAGAGACAAUGAUAUCUAAGUUAUCCGAGCUGCAGAAGUUUGCAGUGCAGUUAGCAGGAAUCUCCAGUGUUGUUGAAGUUAUGAUCACAUCUUUCAGUGAGGCAGUUUCAGCUCAUGUUAAUGACCUUCAUCAACUCAUGGAAAGCACACUGAAGGCGAAACAGCAUUUGGAGGCCAUGAUGUGGUGCAUCAGGCAUAAAUUUCUUGAGGACAUAUGCUUAAGGCACACUAACUUAGCAUCUUGGAGUUCUGAUGUGAUUAAAAGAAAGGCGUCUGCAAAAGAACGGAAAUGGCCUGAAUUCUCUGAUAAAUCAUCUGCAUACAAUGAAGACAACGAGGGGAUACUUUUCAUUGAGCAGGCACUACAGAACCUUGGGAUUCAAGAAAGGUACAGUGAUAAUGAGGAAGGAGUGAAAAUUGCCUGUUUGCAGAGUGAACAAUCAUCAUCUAUAUUCCGUUCCACAAUUGAUCAGUUUAGUGUUGAUAAAUACCCAUUUAAGAACUUGCGAGAGGCUGUUGAUGUACUUUUCCUGCAUGGAGCAUCUGACAUGGUGAUUGCAAAGCAAGCAAUUUUCUUGUAUUAUCUAUUUGAUUGUCACUGGACAAGACCAGAUUCAGAAUGGAGGCAUCUUGUGGAUGAUUUUGCUGCCACCUUUGGGAUCUCUAGGAGAAUAUUGCUUGAAUGUCUGGUAUUUUGUCUUUUGGAUGAUCAUUCUUCCCAUGCUCUAGAGGUGGCAUGUUCUCUACUUCCCAAGAUUUCUAGCAAGGAAACACACCCGAAGAUAGCACAAGUUCUUCUGGAGCGUCAUAAACCUGAUGUGGCAUUAGUUGUGUUAAAGUGCACAGGGCGUGACACCUUCUCUGCUGCUGCAAACAUUGAGAAAGAUGGCACAGCAUCUCUUAGUGAGGCAGUAACCGCAGUCCGUGUAAGAAUUGAGUAUGGCCAUCUAGCAGAAGCAUUUAUGUACCAUAGGGGCUACUGCUCUAAGGUAAAAGAGCAAAGGUCAGCAGAUAUUUUACACAUUGAAGAUGCUAAUGGUCACAAAAGCUCUUGGAUGCACCAUGUUGAGGUAAUGAUGACUGAGUUUUGUAAUAUCUGCAUUGAGAGGAGCAUUGUUGAUAGAAUGAUUGAUCUGCCUUGGGAUUCUGAGGAAGAAAAACAUCUUCAUAAGUCCCUCCUUGACUAUGCUCGUGAAAUGCCCAUGGAGCCAUUUGGUAGUUUGCUUGUUGUUUUCUACCUACAGCGUUAUCGGUAUACAGAAGCAUAUGAGGUUGAUUGUACUCUUCAGAGCUUUGAGCAGACUGCAUUGGAAACUGCUAGUGAAGAAGCAGCAUCCAAAAUCAGAGCAAUUGCUCAGUGGAGACAGAGUUUGGUUGCUAAAUGCGUUGAGAUGCUUCCUGAGGCUCAGAGGGAGGAUAUGAGAGCCAUUGGCAGUGGAGAGAAAAACCAGUUUGCUGCACGAACUAUGCAAAAUUCUUCUCCAGCUAAUCAUCUGGGAAGAUUACCAAAUCCUAUCAUUGCAUUGAGCUUAUCUGCCACCCCUAUUCCUCAAAAGAAGUCAAGUCCUCUCCACUCAAGACAUAUCAAUGCAUUGGAUGAUUCUGUUGGCCUUAACAGCAGUGUCCGUUCAGAGUUUGAUAGAAAGGUCCCGUCUAUCCUCCAAUGCAGACCAGUUCCCCUGGGCUCACCUAUAUCUAAUACGAGGUCAACUGCAGGGGGUAUAUCAUUGUUCCCCUCUGUGGGACAGAAUGGAGAGGGUCCAUAUUUAAAGGGCACUAAAGAACACAGUUUUAUGAAAGGAGAGUCUGGUUUUAAAAAAGGAACUAAACCUACUGGUUAUGAUUCAAUCCCUAUGUAUUUCAACAUGGGUUCUAGUGAUACACCUAUGAAAGAUUACCAAUCGAGUUCUUUGAGGACUGAGGUUAACAAAACCACUCCCUUUCAAGGAAAAGAUUCUAUCAGAAAGGGGGAGUUUGGUUUCGGUUCACGCGCUGAGAAACCUUUCAUCUUGAGUGGCACAGGUGCUGGUCAAAACGGCCACUCAAAGAUAUCUGAGAGUGCUGGUUUUCUUGAGGACCACAUGCAGAAAACUAAAGUACCUGCUAAAGAGAAUUUUCUUAGCUUUGGUAAGAAAUCUUCAGUUGAUGAAGCAGCAUCUGGGAAAGGUGUGUCAAGGUGGAGAUCCGAUGAGUCUAGUGAAGAUGAAGAUGAUAAAAGAACAGGUGGGUAUAUGGGGAGCGGAGCUUCACUUGCUACCAGGAGACGAGCCAGGUUUUCUAGAAGAUGAUAUUUUCCAUCUGGUCCAGGUAUUUUUAAUCGCUCGUAGGGGACAUCUUGUCGAAUUCUUUCCCAGUCAUACUACUUAUCCCCUAAAUGUAACUGCGAUUUGUUUUGAUGAAAGGUGCAACUUACCCAAUGUCUUUUGGAGAAAAUUGUUGCAGCUAUAUUGGAAAAUUUUGGUGUGCCAUGGCCGCAAUGAUGUAUUGUAACUAAAGUAAAGAUGUAUGCAUGUUGCAUAAAAAUAGCUGGCUUUUUAAGGCGUGCACUUCUGGAAAAA